AUGGCUCCCAACUCCACCUUGAAGACUAUCGUUGUCAUAGGAGGCACGGGCGCACAAGGCCUAGCCGUAAUCCGACACCUCUCAUCGCUCAAAGAAUAUCAAGUCCUGGCUCUAACCCGCUCCGUGACAAGUCCUGCAGCGAAAGAGCUCUCUCAGCUUGUAAACGUGGAAUUAGUCGAGAGUCAAGCGACAUCUGGAUAUGACCUUGACGCAUUCCGCACGGCCGCCAAACGGUCCGACUGCGCUUUCAUCAACACUGAUGGCUUUGCGGUCGGGGAAAUUGCUGAGACGUAUUGGGGCGUUCGUCUAUUCGAGGUGGCCAAGCAAGCUGGCGUGAAGCAUUUCGUUUACAGUGGACUUGACUAUCUCGCAAAUGAACUAUCGUACGAGGACGACAAACACUAUGUCGGUCAUUACAUGGGCAAGGCUCGGGUGCAAGAAUACAUGAACGCACAACCAAACUCCCCAAUGAAAUGGACAAUCAUCAACUCAGGCCCAUACAUUGAAAUGCUGGGUGAUUUCCUACUGCCGUCCGCUCCGACAGAAACCAACCCAGCCCUGCAAUUCACACUGCCACUGGGGAGUGGCUCUGUCCCAUUCAUCCACCUCGACGACUUCGGACGCUACCUGCACUGGACGCUGACACACCCAUCACGCUCGAACGGCCUCACGUUCGGGAUCGCUAUCGCACACAUCUCCGGGCCCGAGCUCGCCGCCGCCUACACGGCCGCGACAGGGCAUCCAGCCGUGCACACGGACAGCCCGAUCGAUGACUGGCUCGACGCGCACUUCUCGUCGCUCCCGGACGGCGUGCACACCAAGGUCGCCGCGCACAGCACGUCUGACCAGGCCACACUGACGCUCAGCCUCGGACGCAACUUCGGCAACUGGUGGAACCUGUACCGUGCGUCCACGCCGGACAACAAAGGCCUCAUUCGCAGGGACUUUGCGUUUCUCGAUGAGAUCCUUCCGGAUCGCGUCCGCAGUGCUGAGGAGUGGUUCCGCAAGGUCGGGUAUACAGGCUCGAAGAAGCAGUUGUUUCGCGGCACUUGGGAGAACGUCAAGGUUAGGACUUGA